CAGCCUAAGGGACAAGAAAAGCAAAACAGAGAAGAGCCGAAAACUUAAAAAUUCCUAAGAAAUGGAAUUUUCUGCGAUAAUAUUAACUGCUUUAAUGCUGCUGCCACUGCUGGUGGGCGUACAAGCCAAAGUAGAGGGCAAUCGUUUCGAUUCGCCUGUAGCCCAUCAGAUAAUGCGGCUGGCCAAGUCAGCCGAAAUGCGCAACUACAUGAGACCACAAGUGCAGGCCUGUGAUGAUUUCUAUCUCUACUCCUGUGGCAAUUGGGCCCACAUAAAUCCUGCGAAUGCUGCGGUGAAGACCAACAUUUUUCAUGUGCUAUCAAAGGCCUACAAUCGCAAGUUGCUGUCCAUUUUGGGCAAUAGCAAGGAAUCCAAUGACACUGAAACGGAGCGCAAGGUCAAAUACUUCUAUGAGUCUUGCCUGCAAAGGCAUGAAAUUCGACAAAACUAUCGCGUCAAUCUUUUGAGCAUAAUGGAAGAAUUUGGCGGCAUGCCAGCCCUCAAGGGUCCAGUGUGGGAUGAGGAGUCUUUCGACUGGGUGCAAGUCGUUGCCGAAAUACUAAGGAAAUAUGGCAAGAAUAUCAUCAUAGGCACCGAUGUCAAUGCCGAUUUGAAUAACAAUGAAAUCAAUCGCCUGUAUAUAGGCCAAAUUGAUGACAUGAUUCCGGGCAGCAAUAAGGAGUACUACAGCCGCUUGGCUCAUGCCUGGCAAUUUGAGCUGCAAUCGGUUUUGGGUUUGGCUCCAGCCAAUGCCUUGAUCACCGCCCGUGAGAUGGUGGACUUUGCCCAGAAAAUUGCCCUCGGCAUGGCCGAUCCCUUGGAGGGUCUAGGCAUGGAGGAUAAGACCCGCCUGCGUUUGCUUGACUCCAUGAAUGAAAAUUACGCUCCUGUCAUCAAUUUCACCCACCAUGUCUACACCUGGCUGGGCUAUGAAUACAAACUGCCCGUCUACGAAUAUGUGGAGAACUACAUACGCAAUCUGCGCCUGGUUAUGCUGGAGACUCCACGCACCACAGUGGCCAACUAUGUCAUGUGGAUGUUGCUGCAGGAUUUCCGCCUAGAUGUGGAAGAGUCGGAGGAGCGUCACAAAAAGAAAUGCAUAGAGGCCACCCGCAAGUAUUUUCCCAAGUACUUGGACAGCCUCAUCUAUCAGGAUUUGGUUAGAAAUAAUCCUCAAAUUAUAGCCGAGGUUACUGAGAUCUGGACGCAUUUGAAGGCGUCCUUUGAGAAUAUCCUAAAGGAGAGCACCACCGACUGGAUGCAGGAGAAGACCCGCGACAAGGCAGUGGAAAAGCUCUCAGCCAUGACUUUUGAAAUCAAUGGCUAUGCCGAGGUGAAUUUCACCAAAGAACUGGGAGCCUUGACCAUCAACUCUGGUCAAUAUUUUGAGAAUGUCAUCAAUGUCCUCAAGCUGAAGGGGCAAAAUUAUCGUCUGAAAAUCCAAGAACCCCCACGCCUGGAGGAAUACGAAUUGCUAAGCUUUACCCCGGCCUAUGCGGCUGAAUACAAUCGUGUUUUGCUGCCCGUGGCCUUUUUGCAACCCCGUUUCCUCUGGGACAAUGUCUAUCCCAAGGCCUUGAAAUAUGGCACUGUGGGCUUUACCAUAGCCCACGAAAUGGCCCAUGGCUUUGAUGAUACCAUACGCAAGUAUGAUGCCAAAGGCAAUCUCAACAAUUGGUGGGAUCGCAAUGCCAGUCUGGUGUUUGAGACUCGCAAGGAAUGUCUACGCCAACAAUAUGGCGCUCAUAAAUUCGGCGGCCAGUUUCUGCCCAAGGCCCAAGCCCAGGGUGAAAAUAUUGCUGACAAUGUGGGCAUACGCAUAGCCUAUGAGGCCUAUGACAAUUGGCUGUCGCACCACCAUCAAACCCCUGAACAUCUGCCCAACAUGGACACCAUAACCGCACGUCAAUUGUUUUUCAUAAGUUCCGCCCAGAUGUGGUGCACCGACAUCAAUAGUCGUUGGCAGCAUUUGGUGGCCACCACCGAUGUCCAUCCGCCCGAAGAGGUGCGCGUACGAGCCAUGUUGGCCAACUUUGAUGUCUUCGCAGAGACCUUCUCCUGCAAGCUGGGCUCACAAAUGCAUCCGCAUAGGAAAUGUGUGGUUUUUUGAGUGUGUAUCGCAAACGGAACACAAAAGUGUUUGAGGAAGUGUUUGAUGCUAAAGCUGUUGGUACGCUGCUGCCGCUGGUCCAGGGCUAUGACUCAGUUGAAGAUUAUUUUUUUUUUUUAAUUUGUUUUGUAUUUUUUCUUAAUAUUUAAUAGUUUGUUGUUUAUAGCGAUAGUGUUUUGUGUGUGUGUUUUUUUUUUUUUUUUUUGUUACAAACUAAAAAUAUUUCGAAAUAGUUCCUACUGAUAAUAGUGCAAAUUUUGUGUCAUAUCAAUCGUUUCAAAUGCUAAAUAAAUUAUUUUUGUU